AUGGCCUCCAAUGAAGCGACUAUACGCGAGUACGAAGCCAGAGCACUCGAUAGAGCACGGCCCCGUCAGCCAAGCGAUGGCGAUGUAGAACACUACAUUGAUCUAUACCGGUUAUCACUCGACGGCCAACCAACGCCGGCCAGCUACACACCGGGUCUCAGCUCGAGCCAUAGCGGGAAUAGUCCCGUUUCGCAAGAUAACCUAGCAGACCUGCGACAGCUGUCAUCGGAUGCUGCUGAAGAAGAUGGCUUUCUCAGUUCCAGUAAUGUUGCGCAAGAACUUCGCAACUUGGCGAACCUUCGUCGCUUGUCGCUCGACGUCUCUAACAACCACAAUGUCGACCCGGAUGUACCGUUGCAGUCUUUUGACCUCGCACCGGGACAAGGAUCACCAGGCGAUGACGACGAUGCUCUUGGAGACAGCCUCUACUGGGUACCGGCUGGUAUCCACCCAGAAAUCGCGCCUCAAGAAUGGCAAUCUUUUGUACAACGGCGAGACUCACAAUUCGAUCUUCUCGACAAUAGCAGUCCAUUUCGUUCACCAUCCCUCAAACGUGGUCUCUCCAGGUCAGGUUCCUUGUUGUCACGGCAAGUGACGGAACAGCAUGCGGAAGAGUAUCGUGAUGCUGCACCAGAUCUUGCUAGACGGCGGUCAAAAGCACGUUCGCCCGUUGCCGUUCAGGGAUUCGCUCGACUGGGUGAGACGUCCCUCCAGCGUGCCAACAGUGGCGAUAACAAUGAUCCCAUCACGCCCACGGCAACAACGACAGAAGACGCGCCUAUUUUGGUACCACCACCUGGACAAAUCCUUCGACGGGCAGCACGAACGGGUAAAGGCCGUGGUUCUUACCGGAAACCUGGGAAGACAACCAUCACGCGCGCUGAUGCUGAAGGAUCAAGUAAUCCAGUGGUAUCGCCUGGUGCACUAGAUCCUGAACCAUACCUUUUGCAGCAAUCAACAGACUUGUCACCUAGUCGGCAGCAGCCAGAUGUACAACACGACACGACUGAAGCAACGAAGCGCGUGCAUCGCAAGAAGAGUGAUCACCGAUCAACACAAAUCCUUGGCCCACCAAGUCCACUAUACGAUGAAGCCAUGCAACUCGGUGCAUCCGCAGCAAGUCUAUACCUCGAACAGCGGGAUACACAAGGCCGUCAAAGUGACGAGCCUGAUCGAAGACGACCUACAACAGCAGAUGAUUUCCGGACACGGCCGAGUACAGCGGAUGAAUUUCAUGUUACGCCGCCACUUGCACGGGAUCAGACAAGUCCUGCUGUACGGCCUGCUUCUGAGAUUGUUGGGGAUGAUCGACGUUCCGCUGAGCACGAAGCAAGACAACCUCUUGUCACUGUCUCGAAGCCUGUCUCUGCUGGUAGCGCAGAGAGCGUGCCAGCAAGUAUCAUACCAGGUGUUCCUUCAUCCACACCACCACCACCCCACAUCGAAACAGCGCCCGCAAAACAAGAAGCAACGCGGCCUGGUGUCAAGCGUGAGCUCUCUGCAGCGUCACUGACACGUGCUGUCAUGUCAGGAGCAGCUGUUUCCUCAAACACAUCCUCAGGUCCCGUCAAUGCUGCCGUGUUGGGACCCAGUGCUCGGUCUACUGUGCAACAACAGGGUCCUAGUCCUGAGAAACAGCGGCAAGGGAGCGUCGAUGAUGGUGGAGCAAAAAAGUCUUCCGGUUGGGGGAAAUUGUUUGGUACGGAGGAUCGCUCAAAGAGCAAGCAAUUGAGGCCUGCAACGGGUGUGAUUCAAGCAGGCGUACUGGGUGCAAGUCCUGCAACUGGUACAAAGCAAUUGAAGCGUGUCACAUCCGCAACGGAGGAGACUGGAAAGGAAUCAACGAAUUUAUUCUCGAGCAUUUUCGGUGGCAAGAAGAAGGAGAAGGAAGUGAAUUUACAGGUGGAUACGGCGUAUGGCGGUGGUAAAGUCAUGACGGUUCCUGCUCGACCUCCUCAACCUCAAGGAACGGUACGCCCACCAUUGCAUGAACCUCAUUUCUAUUCGAGGUUUCCGAUCCAAUUGGAGCGUGCUAUUUAUCGCAUGGCGCAUUUGAAGUUGGGUAACUCGCGGCGACCAUUGCUGCAUCAGGUGUUGUUGUCCAAUUUCAUGUAUGGCUAUUUGGCCUUGGUGGGUGCUGGACAACAGCGGGAGACAAGUCAGCCACCGCAACAACAGCAGUCAGCAAGUCAAGCGCCUGUUGUACCAUCGAGUCCAGGAACGCCAGCACAACCCGUUGGUCCACAAGCAACAGGUGAGCAACCACGCGAUCGUGCUAGUCAGGUUGUGAAUCAGCAACAAGGCAAUAGUCGGCAUGUGGAGCAUGCACCAGUUUCUUCUGGUGCAUUCACUGAAACGCCAAAGACUGGUAAACGGCAAUCACCACCACAGCAGACGUAUGCUGUUGAAGGACUCAACAAAGCUGCACCGGUGAGCGCCCCAGCUGCUCAAGCGCCAACGAAACCCGGUAGACCUGGGCCACCGAAACGAGAGUCCAGCAUGAAUAUUUAUCGGCCUGGCGCGUCUUGA